CAGAGAGAAGCACUGACCAGCGGGAGCUGCCAAACUACUAACCACAAUGAAGCUUCUGCUGAGCCUCUUAGCACUCAGCCUUCUGUUUCUCUUUGUCUGCUCCGCUCCUCCGACCUGCUAUUCCAAGGUCUUCACUAUGAGCAAAGAAAUCACAGACGCCUUCCAAAGAAUACAGAAAACAGCCCCACCUGGACCCUGCCUGGAUGCCCUUCCUACUCUCUAUCUGGAUAUACAUAACUCCUGCGUGAUGAACAAACUGCGUACAUUCAUUUCAGCUCCGAGGUGUGGGAGGAUGCCCAGGGUGGAAGUUCUAAAGAGAAGAGUGCGGAAAUUGUACAAUAUCAUGAACUCCGUCUGCAAAAGGGACCUUGUUUUCUUCACUGACGACUGUGCGGCUCUGGAAGUGCCUUUGUCAACAUUCCGCCCCAUCACGGAACCUUCUAGAUGAAAGGGUCGUCCUGCUCGGAACAGUUUCAUUUUAUAGAGUGUUGUAAGCAAAGUGGCUUGGAAUAUGCUUCCGUAGGUAUUUACUAGUGCCAUUAAUUCCACUGAAUCCAUUUACGUAGUGGAUAUAUAUAUAUACAUUUUUAUUUGUAGGUGCUGGGUGGCCUGAGAUUUAUAUAAACAGCAACUAUUUGAGUGACAGCCUCAUUAAUGUAGCUUUAAUAUUCUGUAACAACUCUUGCUGUCGGCUGGACUAGUGCAGAGCAUUUUCCUGUUCUUUGUAAGAAUGUUUUUAGCUGAUUUUGUCCUCAAUCAUUAGACAGUGUAGGACUUGCCCACUGUUCAAUGAAGCACAUAAUCCUAUUAUUCAGUGAUAUGUUUCCACUGUUUUACUACUGUUUCUCUUAUCUUUGUAUGGUACCUUUGGUAAUGUUUUUUUCUACUGAAUAAAUAAAAUGUAUCUUUA